GAGAAUAAUUUAGUCCUCCAACUUUCGUCUAAAGUCCAUUUACAAACUUCCGCCAUUUUCGAUUCUCUCUCUACAGCUUCAAUUCAAUGACGGAAGGUAAGCAAAAUCGCAACAAUAAUGCAAUCCCUCCAUAUGUGAAAGCUAUCUCUGGAUCGAUCGGAGGUGUCAUAGAAGCAUCCUGCCUGCAACCGAUUGACGUCAUUAAGACUCGUCUUCAGCUCGAUCGCGCAGGCGCAUACAAAGGAAUCGCACACUGUGGAACCACUGUAGUUCGAACCGAAGGAGUCCGAGCUCUAUGGAAAGGACUGACGCCAUUCGCAACUCACCUGACCUUGAAAUACGCUCUUCGAAUGGGAACCAAUGCAGUUUUACAGUCGGGGUUUAAGGAUCCCCAGACGGGACAACUCAGCAAUCGAGCUAGACUUGUUUCAGGAUUCGGCGCUGGUGUGCUUGAAGCUCUUGUUAUCGUUACUCCUUUUGAGGUGGUGAAGAUAAGACUACAGCAGCAAAAAGGGUUGAGUACCGAACUUCUAAAGUACAAGGGGCCGAUACAUUGUGCUACAACAAUAGUCCGCGAAGAAGGACUUUUUGGUCUUUGGGCCGGUGCUUCCCCAACUGUAAUGAGAAAUGGGACAAACCAAGCUGCCAUGUUCACUGCUAAGAAUGCUUUCGACAGUUUCUUGUGGAAAAAACACGAAGGUGAUGGUAAAGUGAUUCAACCGUGGCAAUCUAUGAUUUCAGGGUUUCUAGCAGGAACAGUUGGUCCAAUCUGCACAGGCCCGUUUGAUGUUGUGAAAACGAGGUUAAUGGCUCAGAGUCGUUCGGUUGAUGGUGAGAUGAAGUAUAGAGGAAUGGUGCAUGCAAUUUCUACUAUAUAUAAAGAGGAAGGAUUAAGGAGCUUAUGGAAGGGAUUAUUGCCUCGGCUUAUGAGGAUUCCACCCGGUCAAGCUAUUAUGUGGGGGGUGGCUGAUCAAGUCAUGGGAUUCUACGAGAGGAAGUACAUGUCAAACGCGACGCUGUAGGCACAGCACCAUUUGGUUAAGACCCGAUGUUAGAACAAAAAAUCAGCUAUUUCUUUGGUAUAAUAACUGGUUAUUUGUAUUCAUUAUUGAUUUUGAUUGAGAUAUAUGCAGAGCAAAAUGCUUGAGAUUCAAUUUUUUUUCAAAUAAUGU